AUGAACAAUAUUGCAAAUACUGGGGCGACCAAUGAGUCAAACAUCAGCGAUGCUUCCCGUAUAGAGUCUUUACCAAGCUUGAAUGAUGACGACAUUGAGAAAAUCUUGCAACCAAAUGAUAUUUUCACCAAUGAUCGUACCGAGGGGAGUACUACGUCCUCCACUGCUAUUGAAGAUAUCAUUAACCCAUCCCUGGAUCCGCAAAUUGGAGCGUCACCGGCUCCCUCUCCUUCCUUUUUCAAUGACUCAAGGAAGCCAUCCACUAGCACACAUCUAGUAAGGAGGGGCACACCAUUGGGGAUCUACCAAACCAACCUAUACAACCACAAUAACAGAGAGAAUAGCAAUUCCAAUAAUACUUUAUUGUCUUCUAAGCUACUCACGCAUCCACCGGUUCCUUACGGCCAAACCCCCAAUCUAUUGCAACAACAUUCCGUAUAUAGGGCGCCAGCUUCUAGUGGAGCUACUAACGUACAGCCCCGCCAAGCCACGAGAAGAUAUCAAUCGCACAAGUCGAGACCUGCUUUUGUCAAUAAGUUAUGGAGCAUGCUGAAUGAUGAUUCCAAUACAAAACUAAUACAGUGGGCAUUAGACGGGAAAUCUUUUAUUGUUACAAACAGAGAGGAAUUCGUUCAUGAAAUUUUACCCAAGUAUUUCAAACAUUCCAAUUUCGCUUCUUUUGUUAGGCAACUAAACAUGUAUGGAUGGCAUAAAGUUCAAGAUGUCAAGUCAGGUUCCAUUCAAAGUAGUUCAGACGACAAAUGGCAAUUUGAGAACGAAAAUUUCAUCAGGGACAGAGAAGAUUUGCUGGAAAAAAUCAUCAGACAAAAAGGUUCUUCCAAUAGUCAAACUAAUCCUAGCGGGAACGGUAACUCUAUGAAUGGGAGCGGUGUUUCAUUGGACAGUACUGCAGGUGUCAACAGCAACAACAGCAGUAACAGUUUUUUCAAUAACAGUCAUUUGUUGCAGGGAAAAACACUAAGGUUAAUGAAUGAAGCAGCCUUGGGAGAUAAGAAUGAUGUUACUGCAAUUUUGGGUGAACUAGAGCAGAUAAAGUAUAAUCAAAUUGCGAUUUCCAAAGAUUUGUUAAGAAUAAACAAAGAUAAUGAGUUGUUGUGGAAGGAGAACAUGAUGGCAAGAGAAAGACACAGAACACAACAACAAGCCCUAGAGAAAAUGUUCCGAUUUCUAACAUCCAUAGUACCACACUUGGAUCCAAAAAUGAUCAUGGAUGGGCUUGGCGAUCCAAAAACCAAUAAUGAAAACCUCAAUAGCACGAAUAAUAUCGGGCUAAAUCACGACAAUACAGGCACUAUAGAUGAACUUCAGUCCAACGACUCCUUCAUAAACGAUGACCAUAAUUCAUACAUCAACGCUGCGGCCAACUCCCGUAAUAACAUGGGCACCAAUAAUGACGUUGACAGCAACAAGAGCGGUAGCAUCAAUACUAGUAAUAGAAAGAGAAAUGUGGACGAAAGUAUCAAACACAACAACGACAUACUAAAUGACAUUAUAUUCAACACCAACCUCGCCAAUAAUCUCACAAACUACAAUUCAAGCAAUAAUGCUGGCUCACCAUUGAGACCAUACAAACAAAGAUACCUUUUGAAAAAUAGAGCAAAUUCGGCGACGUCCAGUGAAACUCCAAGCCUAGCACCAUUCGAUCUCGAAUCUAAUAAUAUUAAUGAUAAUAACAACAAUAAUAAUAACAAUAAUGGCAAAAUAUCAGAGAUUCCGUUUGACGACGAAGAUGAAGAAACAAACUUCAAGAAUUUCUCUACACGAAAUCCCACCAGUCAAGUGAACGAAAACGCCUUUGAUCCAAGCAGGUUUACGAUGCUUUCUGAUGAAGAUCUGAAGAAGGACUCGCAUGCCCAUAGCAUCGCAGAUGACAAUAAGCACAAUGAAAGCGAUCUAUUCCUGGAUAACGUACAUCGCAAUAUAGACGAACAAGAUGCGAGGCUUCAGAACUUGGAAAACAUGGUCCAUAUACUCUCGCCAGGGUAUCCUAAUAAGCCGUACAGCAAGAACCCCCCCACAGCGCACUCCAAUUCUAAUAUAGAGAUUAAUACCAAUGUCAAUAGCCCUGGUUUCAAUUUGCAGGAUUACUUAACGGGAGAAUCCAACUCUCCCAAUUCUGUUCAUUCUAUCCCUUCGAAUACUGGCGGGUCUACCCCAUUGCCCAUGCCUACUGACAACGACAACGAACACGGGAGUGCCAGUGCCAGCGCCAGUGCAGGCAGAAGCGGAAGUGGACUGACGUCUUUCCUGGCGGUAGACGACCACACCCUAAACGACAAUGAUGGCGGUGGCACCAGCGCGUCCCCCGAUAUAAAACUUGGCACCACACACAGCAGCAAAACAAGCGAUACCCUGCCAAGCUUUAAUGACCACGGUAGUCCCGCCCAGAUGGCCAGGCCUACCGAGAACGCUAAGAAGAGAUACGUGGAGGAAAUACCGGAGCCGGCUAUCGUCGAGAUCCAAGACCCGGCCGAGUACAACGACCAGCGCCAGCCCAAACGAGCCAAGAAGUCGCACACAGACCCAGGUCACUAA